GCAGUACUUUAAUUGUCAUGUGAUGCAAGGUGAAGGUCGUUAAAAUAGAAGUAGAAGUGGACUAUGGGUUGUUGUUUCAGCGACAGCAAUGACAAAGACGUGGAGGAUGGAUAUUCGAAUGAGUCGAAUGAAAGAGAUCGCCUUCUACCAGAGCCUGCAAGUAGUGGCCAAGCAGGACCAAGCUAUAAUACAUCAUCUCAGAGACAUGCCCAGAAAUUGGACGAGCCCUCGGCCUUAGAAAAAAUAUUACACAGAACUGUUAGGAAAAUCAUUGAUGUGUCACCUGGUGAUACUGUAGAGCAACAGGAAUACAAUGAUAGAGCAUUUCAAUACAGCAAUAGAGUAAACAUGGUUUUAAGUGGCUCUUCUAAAAUUAGAGCGAGUCGACCUCAAUUACCCAAUAGCAUGGCUGCUCCACAUAUCGUGCUUAGUUCUGCACCAGUGUCGCUAGCAGAUGUUCAGCUGAUAACACAAAUAGUAGAGAAGGCCUCUCAAGCGGUAGGCAGAGUCCGGGUGCAUCAUAAGGAGGACCUUGUCGUGCCGUUUGGGGUCCCCUGAGGGACUAGUGGAGUGAUAGGUUUGUGUUACUACUGACAAUGAAGAUGUGUGAAUAGAUAUGAUGGCUGAAGGCUGAGAACAUCAAACUUUAGUUUUAUUUCAUUCCGUUGUGUUGAAUUUUGUCAUUGCAUGUGCAGGAAUGAUUGAAAUUGACUCAUUUCAUCUAAUUUAUAAGUAUUUCAUUAAUAUAGCAAACUUUUUUCUAUUUGAUACUGAAUUUUCAAAACAAAGCACUAUUUUUAGAAUAUGAAUUAGUCACAGGUAUUUAUAAUAAAUGAUGUCUGUAAAUAACAUUAUAAAUGUUAUUUAUUGCUAGACAAAGUUGUGUUAUGAAGACAUGAUAUUUUCAUCAUACUUUUGGAUAGGAAAGUUAACACUUGUUGCUAGGGAUUUGUUCUUUAAACAUUUUGGUUUAAGCCUUACUCAAAGAGGUGUACCUGUAACGAAAUAUUUCACACAUUUAAGUUUGAUCAAACAAGUCAAGGUGUGAUUUUGACAUUUUGUUGUGUAUGUUUUUUUUAUGUGUAUGGCCUAUAUGAGCGAUGUCUCCUGUGUUUCCAUUUGAGAUUUACAUUUUGUAUGAGUGUGAAAUCAUGUACAGAUGAAAGAUUGCAAAGAUACACAUAGCAUUGCAUUGAAACUGUGAUAAGUACACAUUUUGUAAAUAAGACAGUUCUGGUAUUGUGUUCAGGGAGGGAGAGAGGCAGUUUGUGCAUGUGGAGUACAAGACCUUGUUUUGGCUUAGUUUCUGUGAAAGCCAUUAGUGUAAAUAAAAAUGUAUACAGUAUUUAUGGUGCAUUUAAAGGUUAUUUGUUUUAUUAUCACAGAGAAUGGUGUUCUUGUUUUACCCGAUAUUUUCUGGUGAUUGUAACAUUUGGAAUGUCUAUAUAUAGAAAUCACCAAAAGACUUUAGUAGUAACUUGCAGUCUGUUGUAUCUUUAAGGAGGAAUAACACUUCAUCAUAAUGGCUGACUUCCUUUGAAACUAAAUGAAAAUAUAAAUAUCAACAAUACAUGUAUAUUCCUUUUGAAUUGCCUAGCUUGUUAGCUGAGUAUGUUAACAUAUCAAUUGCUGAUCUGUAUGUUGUCAGAGUGUAGCAGGAGUCUUGAUUUUUUUCCCCAGAUUAUUUUCCACAAAAACUGCAUUUUAAAAUGAACUAAGGUAAAUUUGAAAGCUAUCAAUUUCAAAAUAUUAUAGUACAUAUCCUCCACUUUCCAUCCGUAUCCGAUGUCUCUGGUCUGUUAUUCCUCCUUAAAAGAGAAAUAUUUUGAAAUCAAAAUAAAAUAGUUGUGUUUUGGGAAAAUUAUAUAAGAAGUCUACGCCGUUUUUCCAUGAAAUGUGUGAAGUUCUGUACAAAAUUUAAUAAAAUGUGCUGUGCAGGGUUUUGAAUAAUUUUUUGCAGUAACUGCACUGAACUAGAGGGAAUGAUAUUGAACAAGUGCUAUUGAUAUUUUGGACAUGCUCUACUGUUGUACAAAUGUAUGCUUAUUAUGCAAUUGAUAACCACAAUAAACUGAAUGACAAGGUC